AGGAAACAAUACCAAUGGCAGUCAAGUGUGAUAGAUCGCGAACAUGGCAUCAUCUAAGAUAUUGAUAAUCUUCGGAGUGCUGAUUUUAGCAGUAGCAGUUUUAGGUCAAUUUGGCGGUGGCGGAUUUGGUGGUAACCAAGGCGGAUUUGGUGGUAACCAAGGCGGAUUUGGUGGAGGACCAGGCGGAUUUGGUGGUCCAGGGAACCAAGGUGGUUUCGGGGGACAAGGUGGAUUCGGUCAGGGUGGAUUCGGUGGACAAGGUGGAUUCGGUCAGGGCGGAUUUGGUGGACAAGGUGGAUUUGGUGGACCUGGACACCAAGGAGGUUUCGGUGGCGGCCCAGGUGGAUUUGGAGGAAAUCAGGGAGGAUAUGGCGGAGGCAGAAAUCGUGGCGGCAGAUUCGGAGGUGGAUACGGUGGUGGACGUGGUUUCCAGUAUUAGCCAGUCACCAACAACAAAAUGCAUGUAUGAUCUAUUCCCACUGAUAUAUCUAAAAUAAUUGUUUUACUAGUCACUGUAAAUACAGAAGCAAAAUAAUAUUUCGAUCGUAUCUAUUGAUAUUUCCAAAAUAAAAUGUAAAUAGUUAAAUGUUCACCGCGUUAACGUUCUAUGUAAAUAUACCGAUCGGUUUCCGCGAAAUGGAAUUAUUUAAGUAAGUGAGUGAUGAAAAUUAAAUAUUUAUUUUAA